AUGUCCACCUACUCUGCAAGCUCGAGGGAUGCCUCGAGGGACCGUGCUGAGUCUCGACUGGUCAAGCAUCAACACUCAUUUUCCGAGUCUGGGAGAAGCUCGGUGCCCAUGUGGGAUAGCUCAGACCCAGAACGAGCACCUCCACCACUGCCAUUGAAUCCGGGGGUCCCGGGUAGUCCUAUCACCAGAUCCAAUACAUCGAAACGCAUUGAUGAAGCAGCUGCCCUUAUUGCCGCCCGAGCUCGAGAAAAUGCGCCGAGUAGCUACACGACCAAUCCUCCUCCUGUAUCUCCCGACCGGAGUGUCAUGCGGGCGCAGAAUAGACGAAUGCAGAAUCUUCAGAGUCCCACCAUUCACAAACUGAGUGACUCCCUUGAGAGACGAUCCCCUGACAAAGGCCUUCGCACGGCCAGGUUUGUCGAAUUUGACGACCUCCCCAGCACCAGAUCACCAGAGCGCAGUCCAACACGGCAGAGACCAGAAACACCCACACCCGCCGACCUGAACUUGAGGUCCAAGGAGGACGAGAACACCCCACCAGUGACAAACAUGCUGGCGUUGCAAUCUAUGAGGAAUCGGCAGGAAGCCGCACCACUCGGCGAUAUUACCAACAACGCAUCACCUGCGGUACAACCGUCCUACUCCUUCAAUGCCCUUGCGGACCAGAUAUUGAGCCUCACUUCCAUAAUGUCGGCCGUGCAGAAGGAAAUGGCGAGUCUGAACAAGAGAAGUAAGGACAACUACGGCGACCUUAUGAGUCUGAAAGAGGCGACUUCGGCUCGGGACGAAGAUAUCCGGAAGAGUCUCAGAGAACUUGUUGCGGGUUUGGAGACCAAGUUCACCAACCUCGACUCUCGCUUGCUAGGGCCCCCGCCUGAAGUGAGCAGAUCAGCACCCAACUUAGGCUAUUACCUCGACGACAAAGCGCACACUGGCUCUCCCCGUCCGAAGAGCCUUCAACUGCCACGUAUUGGAAGCCCUUCGAGCUUUGCUGCUGCUCUUGAUCGAGACCUGACAGCAUCGCCUUCCCUCACAUGUGUUGAUGGCGCAGCAAGCAUUGCCCUCCUGGAGAAGGUGUUGAGAGAGAUGGCAACUCGCGAGGGACAAGACAAGAUCAUGAGCACACUGGAAGCCGUCAAAUCACAGGCUUUAGUCCAAACCCAAUCUACAGCUCCCACUAGACCGUCCUUCGACCCCACGAUGAUGUCCAAACUUGAGGAUAUUCUUCUUUUUAUGAAAGACAUGAAAGAAGAGUCAGGGUCCAGAGCGCUAAUACGGGCAACUGCGAACGACACCGGCAAAGGUCCUUCCAACCUCGACCUGUACCUUGAAGGAGAGUCGAAAGCUGGUCCUUUGGCCAAAGCUAAAGCCAGCAAUGAAAGACGAGCCUCGUUGUCCGGGUCCGAAUUGGGUGGGCUUGACGAGGUUGUCACCAUGCUGAAGAGCGUGAAGCAGUCGCUUGCGCAAGGAGGUGGUCUGACGAACGAAGUCAAGCUCCUGGUCCGGGAACUGCGAGGUGAAGUUCUUGGGAUGGGUCGGGAGAUUGCAAAGAAAUUGGAACAGACAUCAGUAGCGAGCAAAGGUACUGAUGCUGAUAUUCAGGCCACCAUGAAAGGGCAAAUCGCGCUUAUUGUCCAACAAGGUCUUGCUGAACUCAAGGAGCAUAUGCAUCGCAUCGUCGAAGAGAGCCAAAGGCAAUCAGUGGAGCUUAGCCACCCAGCGGUGGAUACGCAGGAAAUAGUUCGGGCAGUCGGAACCAUUAUCGCCCAGAUGCCUCCACCUCCUGCUCGGGAUCUGGUCGCCGAACGCGACGAACUGCUAGCAGCUGUCAGAGAAGCCUGGGAGGAUUGUAAACCAGAAAUCGCUCUCGAACAUUUCGGCCUCGAACGAGACGAGAUUCUGGAGACGCUAAAGGAGGGUCUGAAGUCCUAUCAACCUCAGCAAUCCACAGUGAGAGAUACCGCUGCGACUUAUGACGAUGUCCUUGAUGCUGUAAGGAAAGGUCUGGCCGACUUCAAGCUUCCGCCAGUGUCGUCGCCACCAGCUGGAGCUACCCGGGAAGACGUUCUAGCAGCUGUAUCCGAAGGCCUGCGGAGCAUUCAAUGGCCGGACAUGAAUGCGAAUCGCGGUGGAGAGGUCGACUUGACAAAGGAUGACGUCUUCGAAGCUGUGCGGGCGGGACUGGCUCAACAUGAAGCAGUCAACCCAGAGCAGAUUAUUGAUGCUGUGCGACAAGGUCUCGUGCAACACGAGAGUGUCUCGACCGCGCAAACUCUCGAAGCUCUGCAAGAGGCUUUGGCCCACCAUUCAGCGGUACCUACGGACCAAAUCAUUGACGCCGUCCAACAGGGGCUUUCUCAUCAGCGUCCUCUCGCCAAGGAAAUUGAAUUUAAUCGUGAAGAUCUGUUCGACGCAAUCAAGGCUUGUCUCGAAGGCGACCAGAAUCCCCUGGGAGGGAUGGGAGAGCGUGUCAUUGAGGCUAUGCAUGAGUUCUUGGGAAGCAUGAAGAAUGAAUUCCAGCAAUACUCUGCUGCCAGUGGAAAAGAUACAGAACAAGUUCUUGACGCUCUCAAAGACGGCCUCGAAGACCUGAGGGCUGACAUCGAGAGUUACGUCGAUCGUGCUGCAGAUGUUACCGGAAAGGACGAGAUUAUCGACACAGUCAAGGCUGGCUUUGCGGCAAUGCAGGCAGAUCUUGACAAAGGCUUUGCAAGUCGCGGUGGUGGAGCACCAAAUACACCGGAGCUUCUUGAUGCCAUGGAAAAAGAGUUCGAACAUCUGCGUGAGACCAUCAGCAAGAGUAUGGUCAGAAGUAACGCGAUUUCAGAGAAGGAUGAAAUUCUCGACGCUAUCCGCGACAUCACCGACGACAGACAUUCCGCACUUAGCACCAACAGCGAGGACAUCGUCCGCCUUGUCAAGGAAGAACUUGAGCACAUGCGGACAGCUCUUGCUACCACACUCAUCAAGAGUGGCUCUGCCAUCGACCGUGAAGAAGUGCUUGACGCCAUUCGGGAAGGACUGACUUCGUCCCGCCAUAAGGUGGACGGGAAUGAAAGCAUCUUGUCAAACACGAGUGAGCUCCUGGAUGCUUUCCAGGAUGGCGUCGACGGUAUCCGAAACGACAUUCAGAAGUUGUCCGACCGGCCUGUCGAUCUCAGCUCCAGCUACGAAAUCCUCGAUGCUCUCAAGGCUGGUAUUGACGAUGUGCGGGCAGAUAUCGCACGUCUAGCUGAGAAGCAGACGGACGAAUCCGACAGCACGACUGCUCGAGGACAAGAGAUGGUCUUGUCCGAUCAGAGUCGCAUCUCGACAGAGAUCGAGGGCUUGAAGGUGAUGAUUACGCAGUUGCGCAUCAAGGUGGAAGCUCUAGACGAGACGGCGCCACCACCUCCACCAACUGAAACUCGCAUUCACAAGGACGAUAUGGACGAACUGCACGAAGCGAUUCAGCAAGUCAGGGAGUCUCUUAGUGCUGCGAUUCCCUCGGAAACUCGCGUACACAAAGAUGAUCUGGAUGGCCUGUACAUUGCCAUAGAUCAUGUCACCAACGCCGUCAACCAGGUUCGAGAUACGCCCAUGCCGGAAGUCGUGAUGCCAGAGAAUGCCGCUUCGAAAGAUGACACGGAGGCGAUCGAAACUCUCCUACGAAAUAUAAAGGCUACACUGGAUGACAUGGUCCUCCCUGAGCCUGAAUUGUUGGCCAAGUCAGUCCAAAUCGACGCCCUUGAAAACGCCUUGAACGACAUGAAGGUAGCAAUCGAAGAGACCAGCGAGCGCUCCUCCGAGCAAUCCAGCAAGGAAGACUUUACUCUUAUCGAGCUGAUGCUCAAGGAUGUCCAGAGCAGCAUGGAAGAGUUCAAGGAGAAGCUGGACAAGGCCAAGGACGAUGAUGAGUCCGGCCUGGUCAAAGCUGAUCUGCAAGUCGUCGAAUCGCUGGUUUUGGACAUCAAAAGUCAAGUCGAAAACAUCAAACUACCGGAUCUCGGAGCUCUACCGAGCAAGGAUGACAUCUCCGAUGUGAAGAAUGACCUCAAGUCGUUCCGUGAGCAGUUCGAGGCCGAUAAUGGACUCACCGCACAGGCUUUUGAAGCUCGCAAGAUCGAGCACGGAGGCCUAGCGACAAAGAUUGACGACGUCAAGAACGUCAUCGGAGAUCUGCGGGAUGAGCUCAUGGGCAAAGUGGAAGGCAGUGCUGAGGGAAUUGUCGAGUUGAACAAAGUACUUGGUAUGCAUCACGACAACAUGACCAAGUACGCCACAGCUGCCAGCAUCGAAGAGAUGUCGAAUGUACUCAAGACUGAACUCGAGAAGCACAUGGAACAUCAGUCCACCAUCAAGGCGGAGAUGGAAGAGAGAGACGCCACGCUAUUUACCAGGCACGAAGAAACAAGCGCAGAAGUCAAGGCUGUAAUUGAAGAGAAAUUCGAUACACUAAUGGCCAAAUAUGACGAUGCUCAACAGGCGAGCGAAGCGAAACUGACCGCCCUGGAGGAGCGAGAUGCUGCGCAUCUAGAGGCGACAACAGGCACCAAGGCUAUUGUGGAUGAUCUCAAGUCCCUCAUGGACACUCUUGGAUCCACGAUCGCGGAGACUUGCGACCGCGUUUCGGAAGAUUCAAAGACUGUUUUCGGCUCCAUCGAAGAGACCAACUCCAAGGUCGACAACCUUCACACUGCCAACGCCUUCGAGCAUGGCGUGACCCGCGAGGAGGUCGCCAAAGCGGUGGCUGCCGCUAUCAAGCUAGAAGGCACCAUUUCGGACAAUCAGCCGGCAGUACUGGCUGCAAUUCGUGAAGUUCUUGAGGUGGUGACACAGCACUACGAGCAUUCUCAGCAACAGACCGAGAACUUUACUCGAGCGACUGAAGAGAUCAAGUCCGGGGUCGAGUCCAUUCCUGCAGCCAUCCCACCACUGUUGCCAGCCCUGCCUGCAGUCCCAUCUGAGCCAGUUCAAGAACCGCUCCCGCCAGCAGAGAAGUACGAUGAUAGUGAGCUGCACGACAAGUUGGACACACUUUUGUCUCAUGCCGACUUUGCAAAAGAAGUUUUCGUCGGCGUUCAGAACAAUCAAAAGGAGACCCAGGAGUCCUUGGCUAGCCUGUCGAAACUCGACCAAGUGCAUGAACAAGUGCUGUCGACGGCAGCGGAGGUUGCAAGCAUGGUCUCGACACAAGCAAGACUGAUGGGCGAGCACCAUGACUCCAAGGUUGCAGAAGCUACCGAAGCCGCCAUUGCCCUGGAGAAGAGAAAUGCACAGAAGGAGAAGGUCGAAGCGGACAUCGUGGCUCUUAAUGCCGAGAAGAAUGCUCUUGCAGAGUCAAUGGCAGCCAUGAAGAGAGAACAAGAAGAGUUGAUCGCCCAGACAAAGAGGCUAACUCGAGAUGUGGCCAAGCUGGAGACGGCUCUUCAGAUCCGACAGGAGGAGAUGCGUGACAUGAAUAGCAGAGCAGAAGUCCUAGAACGGCGCAUCCUCGAAGGUCUCGUUAACCAAGCACGCGCGGUGAAAACGUCCUCAAGAUCCAUCAACAAGUCGAAAAUCACGCCGGCCGAGCGUGAUGCAUCCAUGAGCCUCAAGCGGGUGCCCAGCACGACCAGCACGGCAACAGCCAGGAUGUCUACCAGAGGUGGAAGUUCGGCGAUUGGCAGCGCGGUCGGCACGGCUCUAAAGAAAAGGACUCCGCUAACAUCGAACGUCAAGGUAUCUUCAACUCCAAGGACUUCUGUGGUGGACAGGCGAAUUCUCAGCACCAGCCAUGUCACCGGCAAUCGGGGGCGGAAUACCCCCGAUAUGGCCUUGAUGUUGGCCCCUGCACCCAAGUCGACCGGUCUUGUUAGUCUCAAGCGAAGCCAAUCGGUCAAAAGCAACCCAAGCAGCUAUCUCAAUGGGCGCAAGGCCAGCUGGAAUGGUGGGCCCACUGAGCUCACGGACAAGGAGAACUUCAGCGCCGAGCACGAGAACAGCGAUGACGACCACAGCGAUGCAGACACGGAGAGAAGAACCAGCAUCGGGACCAGCUACAUGUACACGGACAGCAUGGUUUAUGGGACCGGAAGUAGCCUGAGUCGCGAUAGCAGACUAUCGACGGGUACUAGCUGUGACAGCAGUGUUGUCGGAACCAUCAGCGGGCAGACUGAAAGCAUUGCCGAAGAGGACGAAGAACCGGAGGCGGAUGAGGAGACCGAAACUGCCAUGAUCCUACAUGAGGGGCCUCCAGAUCAAGUCAACGGUGGUCAGGACAAUUCCAUGGCAAUGACGAGUCUCGAUGGAUUGGAGACUCCCUACAUCGAGGCAGAUGCAUUAUCGGAACUUCAGCCUCCACCGGUCAUGACGGAUGAGGGGCUCAAGUACCAUGGUAGUGACAGUGGUCUGGGAACUGAACCGUUGACUGCUGGGUGCGAGUCACGCCCUGUGGGAGAGGCAAUGGAAUAUUUCCAGAUGACGGCACAGGACAUGCAGACCUGA